AAAUCCUUUAUUAGGUAUUUAGGCUGAUGAUGAUGACACGCACUAAAGGACACAUCAAUGACUUGUCCAUUCACUUACCCUAUUUCCUUUACACUGUCCUCGCUACACAGUGCCCCGCUGCCCGUUACUGCUAUACUCACCAUCCAAAUCCUCUAUUCUAUCUUUGUCAUGAAAAAUAAAUCCAGAGUUCUAUCCGUCACCGGGCGGGUCACUGGGUCUUGCAUAUUUUCUUACAUUUCUUAGAUUUUCUGGUCUGAAAAAUCAACUAAACUUUCUCUCUCUCUCUAUUGAUGGCUUGACUCGUGAAAGCCUUAGCAUUUCCUAGGAAACAUCACUACGAGCUUUUAUUACAUCUGUACUUUCUAUUUAUUUAUGGCUGGAGACAAAAGUUCGUUUCAGUGCACGGUCUCUCUGCUAGUGCUAAACUGAUUCAUUGACACUGAUUUUCUUCCUUGAAGUGCUAAAGAAGGCAGAGACUCUGCAAGCACAACAAAAAAUGACUUCUGUGUAUCUGGGUUCAUGGGUUCACACCUGCACAAUCUUCAGCCAAGCGACCCGAUCCAGAUCCAUAUCUUCAAGGGUCUCCAUUCCUCUCGGAUACUCAAAUCCAAAGCCAGCCCUUUCAAUCUCUGCAAUCCUCACAAAGGAAGAACAGUCCCUCCGGCAAGACCAGAACGAGCCCAAACCUCCAUUUAAUUUCAAGUCUUACAUGGUCCAGAAGGCCAAUUCUGUCAAUCAAGCCCUAGACGACGCCGUUUCACUUCGGGAUCCGCAGAAAAUCCAUGAGGCAAUGCGCUAUUCUCUCCUCGCCGGAGGCAAGCGCGUCCGCCCCGUCCUCUGCUUGGCCGCGUGCGAGCUCGUCGGCGGCGUCGAAUCCAUGGCCAUGCCAGCCGCCUGCGCCGUAGAGAUGAUUCACACCAUGUCCCUCAUCCACGACGACCUUCCCUGUAUGGACAACGAUGACCUUCGCCGUGGCAAGCCCACUAAUCACAAGGUCUUCGGUGAAGACGUCGCCGUUUUAGCAGGUGACGCGCUGCUCGCAUUCUCCUUCGAACACAUAGCAGUAUCCACCCCCAAUGUUUCCCCAGCACGAAUCGUUCGCGCCAUCGGCGAAUUGGCCAAAGCAAUCGGCACCGGAGGGCUUGUGGCAGGACAAGUUGUUGACAUAAACUCUGAGGGAUUGGGAUCAGAACAGGUAGAUAUAGAGCGGCUCGAAUUCAUUCACCUUCACAAAACGGCAGCAUUAUUAGAGGCAGCUGUUGUCUUGGGAGCUAUACUGGGUGGAGGGAAUGAUGCAGAGGUGGAGAAAUUGAGGAAUUUCGCGAGAUGUAUUGGUUUGUUAUUUCAGGUGGUGGAUGAUAUCCUUGACGUGACCAAGUCUUCGCAUGACUUGGGGAAGACAGCAGGGAAGGACUUGGUGGCUGAUAAGAUGACUUAUCCAAAGCUGAUGGGUAUAGAGAAAUCAAGGGAGUUUGCAGAUAAAUUGAAGAGGGAGGCCAAGGAGCACUUGGUCGGGUUUGAUCCACAGAAGGCAGCGCCUUUGAUUGCUUUGGCAGAGUACGUUGCCAACAGACAGAAUUGAUGUAUAAUUUGUCAUGCAUGUCUUCACUUUCUGUUCAAUUACAAGUUUCUUCUGCUCUUCAUAUUUUCAAAAUUUUGAAGUGACCCAGAAUGGUUGGUUAAUCUCUCUCUGGUAAGCUUUUCGGUAAUCUAACAUGUAAAAGCUUACUUGUUAUCCAUUUUUGUCAGCUAUUCUGUCUGCAUAGGCACUGUACUUGCAUAUGAAGUUGUUCUUUACUGUAUGAAUGAUGCCGGUUUUCUCUGCUCCAAA